UUUCAGAUGACAUGGAACACGUGCUCACUCUGUGUUACCUCUGAGCUCAUGAAUACGCUGGAUGAAGCGAAAAUUCCGUUGCAAAAAGCUGUCAACUAUCACGAGCAGUCGCAAAAUCGACAAUUUCGCAUCACACUCAUCACAAAAUGUCUGGAAAAUCAAGAAAAUCCGGAAAAAUCUGAAGUUUCAGUGAAUUUUUUCGUCGAUUUGAAGGAGCUCGUCCCGAGUUGCGCUUAUUUUGAGAAAUUCGAUGGCCUCAGCUACGUGGAAUUCUCGACAAACUGCAAAUCCACGUGGAUUUCGGCUCCGGAAAGUGUUGCGGCACCGCACGAGGAUUGCAGUCACCGCUUCCAAUCGCCGAUCAUUUCCAGAAAUUUCCACGCGUUUCUGGACUCGGUGUGCCCAUCGCUUUACGGGAUUCGCCCAACACCUCUCACUUUGUCAAGCAUCGUCCCCGUCCUGGAUAUGCUUUCACAUUUCCACAGUGAACCACUUCUCACCAACUGUGAGCGUUUCCUAAUGUCUACAAAUAUCGGUCAUUUGGACGGAAAUCAUUUGAUUCGACUUCUCGACAAAGGCCUCUGCGUCAGCCUGGACCAUCGGAUUUUGGGCCGAAUUUUGUGCAUUUGUCUGAUGAGCCCACAGGCGAAAAUGUCCGAUUCGUCACAGGAACUCGCCGGCACUAUUGGAUCCGUUUUUGCGCAGGCUUUUGUCGCAAAUAUUUCAAAAAGCUUCCGCCACAUCAAGCCACUCGAACAGGAGAGCUCACUUUGGCCAAUGGCAAUGCGAAAUUUGUUGAUUCCGGGAGCUCUCGGAGCAAAUAGCUCAUCUUCAAAGGGAUCUUCGGAAGAGAAAAUCGGGAAUAAGAAGAGAAAACGUCAGGAAUGCGAUCAUAAUGAAGAAUCAUUCGAGUGUAUUCUUUGCUUCGACCAGCGUUGCGGCAAGUGCAAGGGAGAAGCCGCGUUCUGCUACAAGGCUCUGGACAAUUUCCUGUACGAGAUUCGUCUUCAACUGUAUCCACACACGUAUCGUCCACAUUUGGAUCGCGAUUUGCUCCGCGAGGAACGCCUCAGCGACUACAUCCUCCGCAACCAGUUUCAGCCACUUCCAGACGCCAAUUGAGAGCCAGCUUGUUGAAAAUUGAAGAAAAAACUGUAAAUAUUGACCCUACUCACUCACAAAACUUGUAAAUUUUACCUAAAACAUAUCCUAGAAAGCCUAAAAUUCGGACAAUAUAUGCUCAUUCUUGUGUGGAUGUUAAAUUUAUAUAAAAAGAACAUGCAAU